AUGUGCAGACAGGGAGCUGUGCUGCGGUGGAAGAGGGCUGGAGACAUACAACCAAAGAGAUGGCGCGGCACCCGACAGGAGCGCAAGGACAGCUGGUUAGCGGUGGGGGGGCUUGAAUCACCAAAUCCAGAAGGAAAAAAUAUAUAUAUAUGUAUAUAAAUGUUUGAAAAUACGAGGAAAAAGAGGGAAAAGGACUUUGAACUCUGCAGAACAGUGUCAGUAUAAUCAAAUACACUAUAGGUGAAUAUAAGGACAGAGCGGAGGCGAAACAGAGGAGGCUGCUGCAAGAAGAGGAAACAAGCAACAAAAGAAAAAAUUGAACUUUACUGGACGCGAGGACUUCUGGACAUCUGCUAACUGCGGUAGGUCAGAUAGAUGGUUGGUCCACAGCGCUGCUCGGACCAUGAACGCACAGCUGUCGAUGGAGAAUAUUGGCGACAUGCACGGAGUGAGCCAUGAGUCUCUGACCAGUCACGGAGAGCUGCUGAGUGGCCACAGUCCACAUUCCCGUCCGAGCCCACGGGGUCUUAGCCACCGCGCUAUGGGCAUGGCGACCCUGCUGGACAGCGGAGACUAUCACCCCAGCCACCCGGGACACCUGCACCCAGCCAUCAGCAUGUGUGAAGCCCCCCCAGGCAUGAGUGCGAGCAGCACCUACACCACCCUGACACCCUUACAGCCCUUACCCCCCAUCUCCACCGUGUCCGACAAGUUUCCUCCCCAUCAUCAUCACCACCACCACCACCACCAUCAUCCCCAUCAUCCGCAUCCGCACCCGCACCCGCACCCGCAUCAAAGGAUCCCCGGAAACGUCAGCGGCAGCUUCACGUUGAUGCGAGAGGACCGGAGUCUGGCGCCUAUGAACAGUCUGUAUCCCGCGUACCAUCACAAGGAUCCGUGCAUGGGCCAGAGUUUGUCCCCGCUGUCUGGUUCCGGUCUGGCCAGCAUACACACGUCGCAGGCCGGCAUCCCUCCCUAUGCUCAUCCCGGUGCCGCCAUGCCCGGUGAGAAGAUGCUCACUCCCAGCGGGUUCGAGGCUCACCACCCGGCCAUGCUCGGUAGACACACCGAGCAGCACAUGAGCUCCUCGGCGGGUAUGGUACAAAUCAACGGACUCCACCACCACCCGCACGCCCACCUGAGCGCGCAGGGGCACGGCCAGGGGCUGGGGAACAGCCGGGAGCAGGCCUCCGGGCCCGGGCAACAAGGGGGCGGAGGAGGUGGCGUUUCUGGGGGACAGAUGGAGGAGGUGAAUACCAAAGAGGUGGCGCAGAGGAUCACAACAGAGCUGAAGCGCUACAGCAUCCCUCAGGCCAUCUUUGCCCAGCGUGUCCUGUGCAGGUCCCAGGGGACACUGUCCGACCUGCUGAGGAACCCCAAACCCUGGUCCAAGCUCAAGUCCGGCAGAGAGACUUUCCGCCGCAUGUGGAAAUGGCUGCAGGAGCCUGAGUUCCAACGCAUGAGUGCGCUCAGGCUCGCAGGUGAGCGAAGCCUCGCAUGUAAGCGCAAGGAACAGGAUCAUGGCCGAAGCGAGCGGGGGAGUGUGAGCAAGAAGCCGCGGCUGGUGUUCACGGAUGUGCAGCGACGGACACUUCACGCCAUCUUCAAGGAGAACAAGCGUCCAUCAAAAGAGCUGCAGCUCACCAUCGCCCAGCAGCUGGGCCUGGAGCUGGCCACAGUCAGCAACUUCUUUAUGAAUGCACGCCGCCGGAGCCUAGAUAAGUGGGUGGAUGACGGCUCCGGUCACUCAGCCAACUCUGGCCCUAACACCUGCACCAAAGCCUGAAGACGGACUGAUUUUACCAACUCAUGGACUGACUCAAUCUCGGUGGAAAAGCUUUAAAACUUAAGAGAAACAAAGAGAAACUUAAAAAAAAAGACCUUGAAGCAACAUUUUGCCCUUAAACCUGUACUAUAUUGAUAUUUAUAGUAUCCAAAGAUGAAAAAACAAACCAAAGACUUAUUGUUUGACCUGCUUUAAAAUGUCUGUUUCAGCAACACAUUUAUGUGUAACAUACUGCAAAAAGACUAUUAUUUCACACACAGCCCCUCACACACACUCACUGUCAUUGGUCUAUAGCUUUACUACGCCCCUCCUCAACUCCCCGCUCAGUAUCAAUCUAUCAUUCGCCAUCCUUAUCUUUAAUCUGAUUGGUUGGAUUUAAUGAUGGGUCCCCAAAUGGAGGUUUAAUCAGCCUAUUGACAGUGUGAUCUGCAGCUGUCCACAGCCUUGAGAAACAGCCAGAAAGUGGAGCUCUGGUGGGAUUGGCCAAUCAACUUUAAAGAAACAUAAUCCUACAGGAGCGACUGGAUUGUUGUACAACUGUGUUUGGACUGGUGGCGGAGGUGGUGGUGGUGGUGGACUGUCUGUCUUUCUGUCCAGCUGUCUGUCUUUCUAUCAAGCUUUCCAAGACAGA